CUGUCGGACGCUGGUCUUUCCGGCCCUCGUGGUGGGCCUGUUUAUUGAUGGCUUGAUCUAUCAGAUUGUCGAUACUGGUCGGGGAUGAAGCAUAAUAAGCUUAUUAUCUUUUAAUUACUACCUUGUCACCGUUCUUGUUUUCCUUUCCUCGCGACCUCCUCUGCUAGAUAUCUUUCUAUAUCUUGAUUAUCUAUUUCCCCUUCCAUAACGAUGUUUUGGUGUUUAAACAUACUCCAUCUCACGCGCGUCUAACCGAGAAACUGAGCUGGCUGCAGGUAGACCCCUGGGCUCCUUUUUUCGAAGCACUUGAUAUAUUGGCCUUAUUGAGUUCAUUUAACUGUGCCUAUAUAUAUAGCUAAAUUGUCGCCAAUGGACUCGCCAUGUGAGGGUGCAAUUGACGGCACCAAAAACUUUCCAUCUCAAGCUUUGGAAGGAAACCAAGGACAUGCCGAGCCCGGCGACUCGACUGAAGAUGGAUCUUGGGACGAGAUGAACCAAAAAGAGAAGGACGAAGUCACCGACCUCGCACGCCAGAUAUCUCAGAUCUCCCGCCAAAAUAGCGCACAGGUUGUCGACGAGCCUAUCAACCCGUUCCUCGACGCCAAUACCCAUCCCGAGUUAGACCCAUUAUCGGAGAAUUUCAAGCACACAAAAUGGGUCAAGAAUAUGCUGCAUAUCACCUCUCGAGAUCCCGAUAGGUACCCACAGCGCACAACUGGCGUCUCGUUUCGGAACUUGAAUGCCUACGGAUAUGGAACCGCAGCUGAUUACCAGGCGGAUGUCUUCAAUACGUGGCUCAAGGCAUUUGGAUAUUGUAAGGGCUUAUUAGGCAUGCGGAAGAAAAUGAGAAUUGAUAUUCUCCGGGAUUUUGAAGGACUCGUGAAGAGUGGCGAGAUGCUAGUCGUUCUCGGGCGUCCUGGAAGUGGCUGCUCCACAUUCCUGCGCACUUUGUGCGGAGAAACACAUGGCUUAUGGCUUGACGAGGGCUCAGAUAUCCAGUACGAAGGUGUCUCAUAUAAAGAAAUGCAUAGUCGAUUUCGUGGAGAAGUUAUCUAUCAGGCCGAACAAGAAAUCCAUUUCCCUCAAAUGACUGCCGGAGAUACUCUGAUGUUUGCUGCGCAAGCCCGUGCCCCUGCAAAUCGACUGCCUGGUGUCAGCCGUCAAGAGUAUGCUACGCAUAUGCGCGAUGUCGUUAUGGCUGUUCUUGGUCUCUCACACACUAAGAAUACACAGGUCGGAAAUGAGUUUAUUCGUGGUGUGUCUGGUGGAGAACGUAAACGUACCAGUAUCGCCGAAACGACUCUUUGUGGAAGCCCCUUACAAUGUUGGGACAACAGUACCCGUGGUCUUGAUAGCGCCACAGCUCUUGAAUUUGUUCGUACACUCAGAACGUCAACAAAAUACACUGGCUCGACUGCCGUUGUUGCUAUUUACCAGGCCGGUCAGGCUAUCUAUGAUAUCUUCGAUAAAGCGAUCGUACUGUACGAAGGCCGGCAAAUAUAUUUCGGUCGGGCUGACGAUGCCAAGCGAUUUUUUGUCGAUAUGGGAUUCUACUGCCCGCCCCGACAGACAACAGCCGACUUCCUCACCUCACUGACCAGCCCAGCGGAACGCCAAAUCCGUGAAGGAUUUGAAGGCCGCGUUCCAAACACACCCGACGAAUUUUCAGUUCGUUGGAGGGAGAGCCCGGAACGCGAGGCCCUCGUUGAAGAGAUUGAGACCUUUGUAGCUGAGCAUCCUUUGGGAGGCAACAAAUAUAACGAAUUCACCGCCUCACGGCAAAUGGAAAAGGCAAAAGCAACACGAGCUUCAUCUCCAUAUACUCUUAGCUAUCCUAUGCAAAUUAGGCUAUGCUUUUGGCGAGGAAUUAAGCGCCUCCAGGGCGACAUGAGCAACACCUUAGCCUCAGUCAUUGGAAACAUUGUCAUGUCACUCAUCAUUUCCAGCAUGUUUUACAAGUUGCCGGUCACUACAUCCAGCUUCUACCAACGCUCGUCUCUGAUGUUCUUUGCUAUUCUAAUGAAUGCCUUUGCUAGUGUGCUGGAAAUACAGACACUGUGGGCCCAGCGCCCCAUUGUGGAGAAACAUAAGAAAUACGCCUUGUAUCAUCCCUCUGCGGAAGGUCUAAGCUCAAUGCUAGUAGACUUGCCUGCAAAAGUCGUCUCUGCUAUCGUCUUUAACUUGAUUUUGUACUGGAUGACUGGUCUCAAUCCUACGGCUGGUGCAUUCUUCACAUUCUUUCUGUUCUCCUUCACAACAACCUUAGUAAUGUCCAACCUCUUUCGAUUCAUCGGUUCUAUGUCACGGACACAGGCACAGGCAAUGGUUCCUGCGGGCAUUUUCAUGCUCGCUUUGAUGAUAUAUACUGGGUUUACAAUCCCCAUUCGCGACAUGCAUCCAUGGUUUCGUUGGAUUAACUAUAUCAACCCGAUCGCAUACGCUUUUGAGAGUCUGAUGCUCAACGAAUUCAGUGGGCGAGAAUGGCCUUGCUCCCAAUUCGUUCCUACUGGUCCCGGCUAUUCUAACUUGCCAUCCAAAUCCGUUAUUUGUAGUGCUAACGGCGCUGUUUCUGGUGAAAGUACCGUCUCCGGAGAUGCUUACCUUGCCACUACAUAUCAGUAUUCUCGCGAUCACCUCUGGCGUAAUUUCGGUAUUUUGGUAGCAUUUUUCUUUUUCUUUCUCGCAUUGGCUAUCUGGGCUACCGAAGUCAUCACCGCUAAACCUUCUAAGGGCGAAGUCUUGGUAUUUCCUCGAGGGAAGAUUCCAGCGUUUGCUAAAGGGAAAAAGAAAAUUGAAGAUCCAGAGGCUUCAGAAGAACCUAAUCAAACCGUCGUGCAAAAGGAUGGAUACGAUUCAGCGGCUGCUAUUGUCAAACAGACCUCAAUUUUUCACUGGCAGAACGUGUGUUUUGAUAUCAAAAUUAAGGGUGAGCCGCGUCGAAUUUUAGAUGAUAUUGAUGGCUGGGUAAAACCUGGAACAUUAACUGCAUUAAUGGGUGUCACUGGUGCCGGAAAGACAAGUCUGUUGGAUGUGUUGGCGAACCGCGUUACUGUUGGUGUAGUCACCGGCCAAAUGCUUGUUGAUGGCCGCCAGCGGGACUCUUCGUUUCAACGGAAAACCGGCUAUGUGCAACAACAAGACUUGCACUUGGAAACAUCCACCGUGAGGGAGGCUUUGCGGUUCAGUGCUCUACUUCGCCAACCCAAGGCCGUUUCGAAAGCAGAGAAAUACGCGUACGUGGAGGAAGUGAUCAAAAUGCUUGGUAUGGAGGAGUAUGCCGAAGCAGUCGUUGGUGUUCUUGGUGAGGGCCUCAAUGUGGAACAGCGAAAGAGGUUGACUAUUGGCGUUGAAAUCGCCGCCAAACCCGACUUGCUGUUGUUUUUCGAUGAGCCUACAUCUGGGCUGGACAGUCAAACCGCUUGGAGUAUAUGUCAAUUGAUGCGCAAGCUUGCUAACCACGGGCAAGCCAUAUUAUGUACUAUUCAUCAACCCUCUGCAGUCCUCAUGCAGGAAUUUGACCGUCUUCUGUUCUUAGCAAAAGGUGGUAGAACCAUUUACUUUGGAGAGCUUGGUGAAAACAUGGGGGAACUGAUCUCUUAUUUUGAGCGACAUGGAUCAUCGAAAUGUCCAGCAUCUGCCAAUCCCGCCGAGUGGAUGUUGGAAGUGAUUGGCGCUGCACCUGGUUCAAGGGCCGACAAGGACUGGGCGCAAGUUUGGAAGGACAGCUCUGAGCGUAUCGCUGUGCGCAAAGAACUUGCCUCUAUGAAGGCAGAACUGUCGACAAAGCCUCAACCUGAAGGCAAUGCAGGAUGGACCGAAUUUGCUAUGCCUAUAUGGUACCAAUUUUUCACCAUCUUGUUUCGAAACUUCCAGCAGUUCUGGCGGACGCCUGGGUACCUAUACGCGAAAUUCUGCAUGUGUAUUGUUCCAACACUCUUCAUUGGUUUCUCUUUCUGGCGUGUAGGGACUUCGAUCCAGGGUCUUGAAAAUCAGACUUUUGCCAUCUUUAUGUUCCUCACCAUAUUCCCGAAUCUAUCUACACAAAUGAUGCCAUAUUUCGCUAUGCAGCGGUCCUUGUACGAGGUUCGGGAGCGUCCCAGCAAAGCGUACUCUUGGAAAGCUUUUAUUCUGGCUUCGAUUUGCGUGGAAAUCCCAUGGAAUGCACUCAUGGCUGUUCCUGCCUAUUUUGCAUGGUAUUAUCCCAUUGGACUGUACAAUAACGCGGAGCCGACUCAUAGUGUGAUUGCAAGGGGAGGAACCAUGUUCUUGUUGCUCUUGUUGUUCAUGCUAUAUACAUCGACGUUCACGAUCAUGGUAAUUGCAGGUAUGGAAGAUCCGGCUGCGGCAGGGCAGAUUUCGCAACUGAUUUUCUCUCUGUCUCUCGUCUUUUGCGGUGUCCUUGUUGGCCCUUCUGCCCUCCCUGGGUUCUGGAUUUUCAUGUAUCGUGUGUCACCAUUCACAUAUCUUGUCGGUGCUGUACUUUCAACUGGCCUCUCCGGCACUUCCAUCAAGUGUGCUUCCAACGAGAUCCUAAAAUUCAACCCUCCAAAUCCUGGUCAAACAUGCCAGGAUUACCUGAAUAGCUAUAUGUCCUAUGCUGGCGGCUAUCUACUCAACAAUACAGCAACAACGGAAUGUCAGUUUUGCGCUCUCGCCACAACGGAUGACUUUUUGGCAACCUUGAGUAUCUAUUUCAAGGAUCGAUGGCGUGACGUUGGUAUUCUUUUCGCCUACUGCGGGUUCAACAUCCUUGCUGCCAUUUUCUUGUAUUGGUUGGCUCGGGUGCCCAAGGGGAAAAGGGUGAAGGAAAUUCCUGAUCAGGAGGGGAGUUCCGUCGAGAAAACUAAAAGCAAGACAGAGAGUAGUUGAGCACUGGCGAUUUCCUAUGGCUUAAUUUGUUUUCAACGACUCGUUGAUUCUGGAUCAAAGAUUCGAGGGAUCCGCUAGAAAGCUUUGGGCUUCUUUUUCUCUACUAUCUAGCGCUUUUGCGGAGAAAGCCUUGAUAUACAAUUUUAAUUAAUAGUAUUGAAGUGUAUCUAUCUAAAAUAAUCGUAUUGAU